CACACGCGUGAGCCGACGGGACACGUGCACGCGAUCGGCGCUUUAGGAUUAAUUAAUUUGACACGGUACGCCGAGCGAACUCGCGUCGGAACGAUCCGGGUUCAAUUAACAGCAAUCAAAAGCCGCCGGACGUGAGAUUAAUUGGACUCAUCUCGAAUCUUUACUGGAACUAUCCCGCGGAACUUCUAUGAACGGCCAUCGAAUAUCGGGUGCGGCGAAAGGUUUGCCCGAGUUUGAAAAAUCCGUUGCUCACCAGAUGGCGUGAGUAGGUUGUUGGGCAGGGUCUCAUUAGGAAGGUUGUUCUCAACCGUUUUCAGUUAACAUCAUGAUUUGGACUGGAGAACAUCGUGGAUUCGCUGUGCGCUCUUUUUUGGAAAAUGGCCGUUCAGUCAUUGCGACGCAGAGAGCAAUGCGCUUGCGAUUCCAUAUUCCGCGCCAUGUUUCCGUACCUGAUGGAAAAACAAUCAAACGUUGGGUUUCUUCAUUGGAAGAAACCGGAUCCACAGUAAGAACUCAUGCAGUUGGAAGACCCAGAACUGCAACAACACCAGAGAACGUGCAGUUAGUGAGGGUAUCAGUGGAACGUUCGCCUAGGCGCUCUGCUCGGAGGCAUGCAGUUGCACUGGGUUUGUCGGAUCGUUCUGUCCGGAGAAUUUUGCACGAAGAAUUGUUUUUCCACCCGUACAAGAUCAUGCUUGUGCAAGAACUGAAACACGAUGAUUUUGUAAACCGUGUCAAUCUGAGGGGUGAUUUGGGGUGGCCAGCAAGAUCGCCCGAUUUGAGCAUUUGUGACUUUUUCUUGUGGGGGUAUCUGAAAGAAAAAGUCUUCAAGCAUCGUCCCCAUACCCUACAAGAACUGAAAAGGAGAAUCAUCGAAGAGGUGAACGCCAUUCCGAUUCAGAUGUGCCAAAACGCAGCCCGAAGCUUCCAAAAUCGGCUACAUCAGUGCAUUGCUACUGGAGGCCGCCAUCUUGCAGAUAUCGUUUUUAAACGUUAAUGUAAAAAAACUGUUUGAAGUACCAAAGGUAAUAAAAAAAUUUCCAAUCCUCU